UCUAGAAAUAGAAGGUAAAACAAUCUUUUCUUUUCAUCAGAUUUAUGGACAGACCAAAAUUUUAUCAUGAUCACGCUGUCUGCAUUUCUGGAGCUAGUUCUUCAAACGAAAACCCACCGUUUUGCUUGCUGAUCUUUGAUUAAUCAAUGGCGAUUGGAAGAGUUGGAAGGGGCCUAACUGGUCAUGUUUUAGUAGUAAACUCUGUUGUGCACCUUAUUAUACUUGGAUUAGCCGGUUGGUCUCUUGACAAGUACAUCAAUGGUGAACAAAACCAUCCUCAUUUGGGAGGGAAUACGUCAACGAGCUUUCUUUUGAUGUUUGCACUUAUAGCUAGUGCCGUUGGAGCUUGUUCAGUGUUUGCUGGGUUCGUCCAUUUUCGGGCAUGGAAAACUGAGAGUUUAGCUAGUGCUGGUCCUUUAGCACUCAUAUCCUCAGCCGUAACUUCUCUGGCUUUUGGUUUGGUGUGCAAAGAGAUCAUAUUAGGAGGACACAGGGGAAAACGCUUGCAAACAUUAGAAGCGUUCGUCAUUAUAUCACUCAUAAGUCAGUUGCUGUAUUUGGGACUCCUGCAUGCUGGAAUGUAUAAUAGCAGAUAUGGACCUGGUUAUGGUGGCGUCAGUUAAUGAUAUUAACCUGAUAAGUUGGCGGUGGACUUUCCAAAUGCUUGUGCUCAGUUUGUUUAAUGCAAAAAUAGAACUAUUUAGCUGUUGUAUAUUUCUUUUUAUAAUGCAUAUAGAUAUUUAUGUGAAAAGGAACUUGACAUU